AUGCGUCGGGACUCAGAUCAAUCACGACAAACAGGCACAGAUUUCUGGGGUCAGUCCCUAGAAGUCGUGGUUCCUGUCCCCGGAUCCUGCUUUAAUGGCACAGAACACAAAAACGAAUCCAUCAAGCUGUCAGGAAAAAGAAGGGGUUCCGAGCUCGUCCAUCAGCCUCAGGCAGAUAGGGGUGGGAGUACACACAAUGCAGAGCCUAGAACCGUGUUGCAGAGCCGGGUGCACAGAAUGCAGAGCCUAGAACUGCAUUACAGAGCCAGGCUCCAUCACCCCCAUCCCAGCCUGGCGAGAGCGUCACGGAACAUCCCGCUAAUCCUAAUCGUAUCAAUAAAUGACGUUUCUGCCGUAACGGGGGGUUUUCAGCCACAAUCCCCGGAUUCGGAGGAAACCCCCUUCGGUCUCCGCGCCCUGAAACUCGGGGGACUUUCCCGCCAACGCCAGCCGCUCUACGGGGACAAUAAAAGAGGAACACAAAACGUCUCGAUCCUCGUGCUGUGCCUGCUCUGCCACGUUCUCCCGAUCUCCGGGAAUCCGGCCAAUCAGUUACCAGGAAGCCCUCGCGAUUCAUUGGGCCACCGGCACAGCACCAACGGCGGGGGGUUUCCUCUUGACUGCCAGGAUGUUUGGGAGAGAGGCUUCCACGUGGAUGGCGAGUACCUCAUAUACCUGCAGGGGCCCCGGCACCCUCUGCCCGUCUACUGCGAUAUGACAACCAAUGGGACGGCUUGGACGGUCUUACAGAAGCGGUUUAACGGCUCCAUGGACUUUAACCGAGACUGGAAGAAUUACCUCAACGGGUUCGGAAACGCAGACGGGGAGUAUUGGCUGGGUCUGCAGAACGUUUACCGCCUGGCGAUGCUCGGGGACUAUGAGCUCCGCGUGGAGUUGGAGGAUUUCGAGGGCCGCAGAGUCUCCGCUCAGUACAGCGACUUCAGCCUCUCGCGUCACGCCUUAAACCCGGACAGCGACGGGUACCGGCUCCACGUCGCGGGGUUCACCGACGAGGGGGCAGGAGACGCGCUCACCUUCCACGUCGGGCAGAGCUUCUCCACCUACGACCGAGACCGAGACGGCGACAUCCAGAACUGCGCAGAAUACUGGGGCGGCGGCUUCUGGUACCACGGCGGGGGCUGCAGCCACGCCGCCCUCAACGCCCGCUACCUGUCGCCCCGCGCCGCCGUGGCCCCCAGCUUCUCCUGGAACACCUGGAUAGACUUCCCUCAAUCGCUGAAGGGAAGCCAAAUGAAGAUGCGGAGAAGGAAUCCGCGCUCCAGCAACGGCGGCCGAUCUUAAGAAAUAACGGGUGAGGGGCCGGUAGUUUCCGCACCCCCCGGGGGUAUAUACUGCGCAUGCGCGCCCUGGAGAUCAAUAAAACGCUUUUUAUUUGCAACAUGGUGGGAACAAUCGACCCAUCCUUAAUACACAAAUGAUAGGGGGCGACACCUCGUGGCAUCCCACGU